UUAGGCGAGGGUAUAAGUACGAGAGACAGCAGUAUAGAGCCUUCCUCGUAGCCGUCCUCGCCCGUCUGCACAGGUCCCAAAAUGAAGACCCUCACUGCACUCGUCGCCCUCGCUACGGCCCUCGCCGUCCCUGCCAGCGCUGUCGCCGUCUGGGGCCAGUGCGGUGGCAUCAAUUACACCGGUGCGACCGCCUGCGACUCCGGCACGACCUGCGUCGUCGUCAACGACUACUACUACCAGUGCCAACCCGGGACCGGCACUGGGGGCGGCUCCACGACCCUUGCGCCCCCGACGACGACGUCCGUCUCGCCUGCGCCCGCGGCGACGGGCCUUGACAAAGCGUUCAAGGCCAAAGGCAAGAAGUUCUGGGGCACAUGCUCCGACUCGAACCGGUUCAGCAACGCGCAGGACUCGGCGGUCACUGUGCGCGAGUUUGGCAGCCUCACGCCCGAGAACUCCAUGAAGUGGGAUGCGACUGAGCCUUCGCGUGGCUCUUUCACCUUCAGUGGCGCUGACGCGCUCGUCAACUACGCUACUCAGAAUGGUCUCCUCGUUCGUGCUCACACCCUCGUCUGGCAUUCGCAGCUCCCAUCCUGGGUCUCCUCGAUCAACGACAAGGCGACUCUCACAUCCGUCAUUCAGACACACAUCUCAAACGUCGCGGGCCGCUACAAGGGCAAGGUCCGCUCCUGGGAUGUCGUGAACGAGAUUUUCAAUGAAGACGGCACCCUCCGCUCCUCCGUCUUCUCCAACGUCCUCGGCCAGAGCUUCGUCAACAUCGCCUUCCAGGCGGCGCGCGCAGCGGACCCGAACGCCAUCCUCUACAUCAACGACUACAACUUGGACAGCGUGAAUGCGAAGCUCAACGGCCUAGUCAACCUCGUCAACUCGGUCAACAGCGGCUCCAAGCUCAUCGAUGGUAUUGGCACUCAGGCCCAUCUUUCUGCCGGUGGCUCGAGUGGCGUUGCUGCUGCCCUGCAGAAGGCCGCAUCCGCCAACGUGGAUGAGGUCGCCAUCACCGAGCUCGAUAUCGCCAACGCCCCAUCCGCCGACUACGUGGCUGUCACUAAGGCCUGCUUGCAAACUCCUAAGUGCGUGGGCAUCACCGUCUGGGGCGUCCGCGAUCCCGACUCCUGGAGAGCUUCGAGCGACCCGCUUCUCUUCGACGCCAAUUUCAACCCUAAGCCAGCCUACAACGCGAUCAUACAGACCUUGACGUCCUGAGUUGGCUCCUCUGGAUCGCUUUAGCGAAAGGCAGGGUCUGGAUGUGUUGUACGUUACCAAGGUAUGGGAAUCCCAGCAUACCUCCUAACAAAGCCCAUGCGCGACUUUUCCGGGCGAGUCCUGGUCGACAGGCUUGCGCGAGAGCGGGUACAAAUUCGGUUCUGGAGUGCAUCAGCAGUUACAAGCUGCGGGUUUCGGGAUAAGGGCGUACACUACACCUAGAUCUCUACGGAUUCUGGAAAAGACUUUGGAGAAGUUUUUAUUUGCCCUAAGGGUUUGGCGCACUAAAAAUUUUGCACUUGCGCUAUACGUGGUAUUAGAAAGAGACGGAGGCCGAGAAACCAGUGGUUGCGGAGAUGGACGUCAACGAAGUGUUUGCAGUACACAUGUAGCUGCCGGCGCUCAUGCCUAUGCAACAUCUUCGACCUUGACCACGAAGUGGCCGUUUUGGACCUGUCUUCCUUCCGCACGCUCAGUCUAUGCUCUACCAUUGAAAC